AUGAAUAAUAUUAGUAGUAAUAAUAAUAUCAUUAUAUCAUCAGUAUUUAGAAAUAGAUAUUUAUUAAAUUAUAUAUUCAAAUAUAUACCAUUACUAUCAUCACCAUCAUCAAAGAGUAAAAACUAUCAAGAAUCAUCAAUCGAUUUCUUUAUACGAAAUGGUUAUAAAGAGUUGUUAAGAUAUAAACUAAAACGUGGUGAUACUAUCAUAUUUGACAAAUAUGACAAGUAUAAACUAUACGAGUUCUUUGAUGAUCUUGAACUAUUUACUCUAGUUUAUAAUAAUCAACAACUAGAGUUGAUCGAUUUACGAUGGAUGUGUUAUAUUGUACUAAAAGAAAAAGACAACAACAACAAAAGAAAACAAAGAUUCAACAUUCUGCAAUAUAUAUGUAACAAUACUCAAGUUACUAUCACAUUUGAAGAUCAUUUGGUCUAUCUCAACAUACCAAAGCAUACACUCGUUGAAAAUCAUAUAGAUCUUUUAAAAACUGUAUUCACAGACAAGAAUACACAACAAAUUAGAUAUGAUGAUCAACAAAACUCUUCCUCUUCUUGUAUUCAACAACCACAACAAUCAACUCUUAUAAAUGAAAAAGAUGCAAUUGGAUAUUUAUAUAAACAUUCAAGAGAAGAUCAAUUUUAUCAAAUUGUUAAACAAGAGAUUAUAUUGAUGUGUCUCGAUCGAGAUAUUAUUCGUUUGUAUUUUGAAAAGUAUCCAGAUAGAGAUAUCGAUUCAUCAAGAUUGGAAUGGUCAGAUAAAAAAGAGAGAUCUUUUAAAAUCAAACAAUUGGUUCAAAUUCUACUUGAAUUGGAAGAGGAUUUGGAACAAGUAAAGAAAUUAAAGAAAAAGGUUAUUGGAAUUCUUGGAGAGUCGUCGUAUCAAAAUGAUAAUGAAAAGAUUUCAAUAAUAAUGCAACUGUUACUUUCUACUUUUGGUUACGAUUAUCAUUCCGAUUACGAGUAUCGUUAUGAACACGAUUCUGAUAUAGAAUUGUGGCAACAAGUUGUUAAUUGGAAUAUCGAAUCGGUAACCAAGUAUUUUCUGUCAACACACUUUGAAAAUAUAAUACAACAUGUAACAUCGAUGGAUCAACUCGUACAAAUCUAUCAAGAGUAUCCGAAAAAAGAAAAUAGAUUGGAUAUAAAAGAGGCUAGACACUCAAAGUACAUGCUUCAAUAUUACAUUGAAAAGACUGUUACCCCUCAAACCAAAGAAUUGGAUUAUAUUGCUAGUUGUUGCACCACAGCAGCAGCAGCAGAUCAAUUAUGGAUAGUUGAAAUUAUUUUGGAUACUUUGGAAUCAAAAGGAUUGGAUUGCUCAUUACUAUUAAAUUCAUCACGUUUUACAAUGACUGCAACAAUGAUGGAAAGAUUAUUAAUCAGUCGUCCAGAGAAAACAAAGAAUGAUCUCAUUUCUUGUUGCAAGGAAAAGACAAGGCUUGAAAGUUUCAACAGUCGAUAUAGUCCAAAUGAUUUACCAGUAUUGGUAAGAAUCAUGGAUCUUUUUGGUUCAAGAGAAGAAUUUAUUAAUAUAAUUUGGAAAAGUUUAUUUGAUAGGAAAUACAAAGUCACUACCAAACAAGAGUUACAAUUGAUCAAAGACACCAUUGAUUCAUUUGAUAUUGUCAUUCGAGAUGAAUUGGUAACUCAAGCUGUCAUCAAUGCAAAUGGAAAUGAUAUUCAAGUGAUUUGGGAAUUAUUUGAUUUGUAUUUAAAAUAUGCAAUCGACACUAAAAAGAAUUUACAUUUUUGUCACCAAAAUGUAUCACCUGAAAAGUUUAUAGUCUUGACAAAUCUUCCAAACUAUUACCCAACAGAAUUCCUACUAGACAAUACCAACAACAACAACAACAACACCACCAUCAUAACCUAUAAUAGUGGUUUCAAUCAAAGAGGACCAAAUUUUUUUGCACAACAAUACAUUUAUCCAAAAUACCUCUACAAUGACAUUGAACAAUCAAUCAUCAAAUCAAAUGCUCUUCCAAUCAAAAGUCGUCGUCGAAAAAUACAACAAUUUAUUUAUUGGUUUGAUAGAGAUAUUUUCCUUCAAGAUCGAUUAGAUUCAUUUAAAAGAUUAUUAGAUAUAGUUCCUUCAAAUAGGUACUUGUACAAAACAAAAUACCUUAUAUUGGCAAUCAAAAAUAAUGCAAUGGAUUUAUUUCAAUAUCUUUGUCACAUUAUGAAAGUUGGUCAAUCCGACACUAAUAUUCAUAUUAACAACCCAGACUAUUAUUUAUUAAAUUGGACAAGGUUAUACAAAAUAUUUAGAGAUUUCCCAUUAUCACAUCGAUUCUUGGUUUAUAUCCAUCAAAAUAACCUAUUUACAUUGACCGAUAAAAUAAGGUUAUCAAGAUCAUACCACAAUAUUUAUCAAAUGCUUAAUAAUCAAGACAAGUUGAGUCAACUUGUACUUCUUCCAACACCAAUCAAAAAAACAAAUCAUCUAAGAAAAUUAAAAUGUAUUUGUAAUAUUUGUAAAUAA